AGUCACUCCCCCCCCCCCCUCUCUCUUCUCUCUCUCUCAAAAAAAAUGCAGAAUGGAGAACUCACGCUUUGAAGGAAAUUUUUUUUUGAAACCCUCGAAUCUUAAUCACCACCAUUGACGAGCUGCAGGAAUUGUACUGGGAUCAGAGUCAUCAGACCCGUUUACAGGAGAUAUAUAUAGAGGCGAAAGGAGAGAAUGGAAAAGUCAUUAAUUACUGCAAUGGAAGAAGAAGAAGAAGACCGGUGCGAUCCCUUCCGUAAGCUAACCGAUGAUGUCCUCGGUCUCAUCCUCACAAAAUUAUCUGAUGACCCGAAAUGUCUCCCCCGUUGCUAUCUCGUUUCCAAACACUUCGCUCUCUUCCAAUCCCAAUCCCUUUCCCUCCAGCUCCCCUCCUCCCUCUUAAUCCCAUGCCACCUCCUCCCACCUCAGUAUCCAAAUCCCUUCGCCACAGGGCCACCGCUGCAGAAGUCGUCAAUGUUCGUCUCCUUCUUCGACGUCAGUAACCGCUUGCACUGGUUGACAAGACUUGUCUCCCGUUUCACCAGCCUUCGGUCUCUCCGCAUCCAGCUUUCGUGCGAGUGCCCCCAGCUCCCUUUCGCACCUGACCAUCGAUUCUCGUGGGAUUUCAAGGUCGGUCAUAGUCUGAAGACAUUCGCUAUCCUCUCAAAUUCAUCGAUCAAAAAAAUCGAUAAGGAAGGGAGCAAGUCAGAAGAACCAGGACGCAACAGCCUCUCGGAUGAACACUACUUAAAGUGGCAGACAACUUGCUCAAUGCAUUACGCAAAUUCGAUAUAUCCGUUGUUACUGCUUCUCGUUUCAGGACAUCCCAACAUUGAUAGCGUCGAGAUCAUGGAUUCUCAGAAACACGGGAAGGUAAGUCUCCAUGGAGAACAACUUACUAAGCUGAAAUCGAGAUCGAAGCCACUGCCUAAUAUUUUAGAACAGAAGGAGAACUCGGAUAAUUUGGUGCCUGGGUAUUUUUUUACCCUAUGGUAUGUGCCGGAGCUGCGAUUGCCACGGUCGGGGUUUGUGAUGAAGAGGGUGACAUUAGGCGUCGGUGCAAAUAACAUGUUUCCUGAGAACAUUGAUGAUGGGACUAAGGGAUCAGCAAAUGAUUUUGGAGAUGACGUUUUUGGGGAAGCUUUGAAUGAGAUUUUGACAAACCAUUAUGUUUCAGGUCGACUGCUUAACUUCAGAUUGAGUUCUCGAAAGCCAUGACAGGAAUUCUUGGCAGGAGGCAUUCUUGUGGGCUAGAUACUUUAUCAUAUACAAACUGAAGGCUUCACUCUAUGUUGGGGUUAUUUUGUGUAACACCCUUAGUGUUGGGUGUUGAGCAUAUUUAUCUUUGGAGUCACUUAUACAUAGUUGUAAACCCUAUUGAUAUUAUAAUGUGAGGGAAUGUGAGGGCGAGGGUGAGGCGAGCAUGGGGGGCCGAGUUGUGGCCUCCCGGAGAGGAACCGGCGUGUAGUUCCUGGAGAGUUUUUUCAUCUUUAUUGUAAAUUGUGAGUUUUUUCAUCUUUAUUGUAUAUUGUGUGAAUAUAUAAUAAAAUGAGUUUUUCUUUGAAA